CUGGAUGCUGACGAAGGCUCGCGAGGCUGUGAGCAGCCACAGUGCCCUGCUCAGAAGCUGGGGGCUCCUCAGUCAAGCCGGUUCUAGGUUCUCACUCGGCAGCACGGGCAGGCGAGUGGCUCCUGGUUCCGGGAGCAGAACAGCAGUGCCCCAGCCCUGGUCCUCCAGCCCUGAGCCUCGCCUGCCCGCACGGCACCAGGAUGGCCACCAUCACCUGCACCCGCUUCACGGAAGAGUACCAGCUCUUCGAGGAAUUGGGAAAGGGAGCCUUCUCGGUGGUGCGCAGGUGUGUGAAGGUGCUGGCUGGCCAGGAGUAUGCUGCCAAGAUCAUCAACACCAAGAAACUCUCAGCCAGAGACCAUCAGAAGCUGGAGCGUGAAGCCCGCAUCUGCCGCCUGCUGAAGCACCCCAACAUCGUCCGGCUCCACGACAGCAUCUCCGAGGAGGGGCACCAUUACCUGAUCUUCGACCUGGUCACCGGCGGGGAGCUGUUUGAGGACAUCGUGGCCCGGGAGUAUUACAGUGAGGCUGAUGCCAGUCACUGUAUCCAGCAGAUCCUGGAGGCCGUGCUGCACUGCCACCAGAUGGGGGUGGUGCACCGGGACCUGAAGCCGGAGAAUCUGCUGCUGGCCUCCAAGCUCAAGGGCGCUGCGGUGAAACUGGCAGACUUUGGCCUGGCCAUAGAGGUGGAGGGGGAGCAGCAGGCAUGGUUUGGGUUUGCCGGGACACCUGGAUACCUCUCUCCAGAAGUGCUGCGCAAGGACCCGUACGGGAAGCCCGUGGACCUGUGGGCCUGCGGAGUCAUCCUGUACAUCCUGCUCGUGGGCUACCCCCCGUUCUGGGAUGAGGACCAGCACCGCUUGUACCAGCAGAUCAAAGCCGGCGCCUAUGAUUUCCCAUCACCAGAAUGGGACACCGUCACCCCAGAAGCCAAGGAUCUCAUCAAUAAGAUGUUGACCAUCAACCCGUCCAAACGCAUCACGGCCGCCGAGGCCCUCAAGCACCCCUGGAUCUCGCACCGGUCCACCGUGGCCUCCUGCAUGCACAGACAGGAGACCGUGGACUGCCUGAAGAAGUUCAACGCCAGGAGAAAACUGAAGGGAGCCAUCCUCACCACGAUGCUGGCCACCAGGAACUUCUCUGGAGGGAAGAGUGGAGGAAACAAGAAGAACGAUGGUGUGAAGAAAAGAAAGUCCAGUUCCAGCGUUCAGUUAAUGGAAUCUUCAGAGAGCACCAACACCACCAUUGAGGACGAAGACACCAAAGUGCGGAAACAGGAAAUUAUAAAAGUGACAGAGCAGCUGAUUGAAGCCAUAAGCAAUGGAGAUUUUGAGUCCUACACGAAGAUGUGUGACCCCGGGAUGACAGCCUUCGAACCCGAGGCCCUGGGGAACCUGGUCGAGGGCCUGGACUUUCAUCGAUUCUAUUUUGAAAACCUGUGGUCCCGGAACAGCAAGCCUGUGCACACCACCAUUUUGAACCCCCACAUCCAUCUGAUGGGCGACGAGUCAGCCUGCAUCGCCUACAUCCGUAUCACUCAGUACCUGGAUGCCGGCGGCAUCCCCCGCACGGCCCAGUCGGAGGAGACCCGCGUCUGGCACCGCCGGGAUGGCAAAUGGCAGAUUGUCCACUUCCACAGAUCUGGGGCGCCCUCUGUCCUGCCCCAUUGAAGGGCCAGGCGGGGGCGCUGUACUGCAGAUAUCUGCUCGUCGUCGUCCUUCCGUCAGUGGAAUGUCGCUGCUGGUUCUCCCACCUUGGAUUUUGCUGGAAUUCCCCUACUCACAUCAUCCCACCACCACCACCACCGUCACUUUCAUACCUGCAUCAAGAAAACCUACCCACAAAGCCAUCACGUCUUCAGAGCAAAUGGCCACAUCUCCCUGCUGCCUGUCAGUCUCAGUCUCUGUCCCCAGUCAGGGCGGAGCUUCCUCAGGCUCGGGUGCCUUGGGUGCUGGCCCUGAGGACACCCCCCCACACCCCACCCCCGGCUGCCAUUGGCCUGACUUGCCUUGGCUGCAGAAUGCCCAGCUGUGUGUUCCCCCAGGGGCCGGGGAGUCAGGAGAUCCCUGAUCUCUCCUCUUCCAGGAUUCCUCUGGGAAAGGCAGAUGAACCCGCCACCCCUGCCCCCACCUGCCCCGUGGGAGAGAGUGAGAGAGGAGCCGAUGCCAGGAGCCUCCGUCCGCAGAAGGCCUCCCUAACUCGUCUCCCGUCCCGUCCUGGCCUCCAGGCCCCCGCCUGACACUUCUCCCUCAGUGUGGGGAGCGCAAUCCUCUCAGGGUGCCCCCACUCUUCUCCUUCUUCCUUCUCUGAUGUUUACCUCCAUCGCUGACCACCCAUUCCACCCUCCAUCGGGCCGGGGAAUUCCAGCCCCAUCAUAGCUGAGGGAGAAAACCUGAUUGCUUCUUGGGGGCAAAAGAAAGCAACAUCUAGGUUAUCACUUCUACUUGGACCGCAUGCCUUUUUAUAGCCAAACUCCCGUGUGUUUCGUAAAUGGAUCUCACGUUCACUGAUAUUUAUGUAAUAACUAGACCUCUCCAUUAUUGUAAGAGGAUUGGGUUGGGUUGGGUUGGGUUGGGUUAGGUUGGGUUAGGAAGGGAGGUGGGAAGAGGACAGAGGGGUAGCUUUUUUCCUGUUCGUUUAUUUAUUUAUUUUUCAAUGUCACCUCUGAGAUGGACUUUGUCACCAGUGGUUCCCCAGCCUCAGCGAGGAGGACCUCACCGAAAUUGUGGUCCCAAGGUUCUUUUCAGGACGGAAUCAGAUGUCAGUGCUGAUAAGACACAGUGAAUGGGGGCCGAGAGCCUGGGGGAGGUUUUCAGGAUGGAAAUAGCUGAACUUUUCUUUGCUUGCCUCCCAAAUGGGAGUCCUCACGACCACGAUUCCCAAGCUUUCAUCCCAGCUCCUCUGUGUGCCACCCCCAGCGUCCUCACCCGUCUCUGGCGGAGGACCCUGAGCACGUGUCUUCAUCACCCACCCCUCGGUGUCUGCUGGUCCACGCAGGGCACCGGAAUGUCUACUCUCCACGCCUCGUCCUGCAGCCGCGGGUUCGCAUCGCUCCCUCCUUUUUUCUUUUCCGUGCUCUUGCCCUCUUCCCUGGGACUGACUCUGACGUGGAAGGCCUUGGCACACCCACUAGGAUCUACUGUCUGCACUAUUUUCUUUGCAUGACUUUAUAUGCAGUAAGUAUGUUGAAAAAAAAACCAGAAAAGAAGAAAAAUCACAGCAAAACCAAUCUACAUGUUUUGGACAAAAAAAAAAAAAAUAGAGGUUGUAUUCUCAGCGUCCGACUCGGAAAUAUGUUGCUGCCUCUCUGUGCUUCUGGCCUCUGUGUGGCCGUGUUUUGCCAGCAUGAGAUAUUGUCCCCUCUGGAGGAUUUAGGGGAGGAAGAGCUGCAUCCCCAAGGUUUGGAGGAGGCACUGAUUCCCCCAAACCUCCCGGAGUCCUGGGUGGUGGGUGGAGCAGGACUGAUGGGGAUAUUUGAUCCAGACCUUUCUGCGUUUUCCCCAAUGUGGGCUCUUCUCUCAGUUGCUGACGCCCUGGGGACAGGUGAGGCAGGCAGGCUGGGGCCACAGGCCAGUCAAGAGGCUGCCCAGGCCUCCUGGUCUCCAAACUGGUCGAUCACUAGCCUCUAUUCUUGGUAGAGACCCUGCUGCCGAGGCCCAGGGGUGGGCACUGGCUUGCCCCAGGCCCAGAGGGUUUCCCAGUAAGGCCCACUGAUCCCAGCACCCCAGCAGCAGAGGCCUGCCUCCCUGUGAGCUGCCAGCUCCCACAGCCAUGCCCAAGCCAGAGGUGUGGCCUUCCCUGGGGAUGCUGCAGCCAUCACGGCCAAUUCUGGUCCCUUCCUCAGGCCUGGUUUCCCCAUCAGUGAUAGGGGUUAAGUAUUCCUGCCCGGCCUGUGUUGCAGGGCUGAUGGGAGAAUCGAAUGGGGUGGCACAAUUGACGGGGUUAGGCACUGGCUGGACUCCCGUUCCGUUCUGAGCCUGGCCAGUCCCCUCCCCCGCCUGCCCGCUCAUUCUCCUCGUUCGUUCGUGCCUGUCGACUGCUUAUCAGCGGUGGACUGCGGGGGGUGGGGCAAGAGCUGUGGUUUGGGGGUCUUUGGGAUUCCAUUCCCAGCUCUGGCCAGACUUGCUGUGUGACCCCGGGCAAACCCUUUCCCCGCUCUGGUCCUCACUUUCCCACCAGAGGAAACUGAGCUGGAGGACGCCGAGGUCCUGCCUCCCAUUUGCUGACACACUUCCUGCCCGCCAUGUCCCGCUCCAAGUACCAGGGAAGUGGAGGCAGGUCCUUACCGCAGGCUGAGAUGGCCCCAGUGUGAAGGCCUCGCCUGCGGGUGGGCGGGCGGCCAGCCGGUGUGGACUGCAGGGCACCGGCGCUGGCACCCGUGUGAUCCUGAGGCAGCAGGCAGGGGAGACGGACGGACCACGCAGCCCAGAGCCCAUGCCCCUCCCUCCCCCAAACACAGUCAGCUCUGUGCUCCUUCCAAACAUCCUAUAGA